AUGGCGCUGCAACGGGUGAUUCUUCUGGGCGCGCUGUUGGGAAGCACUGUCUCUGCGGGGUCUCUGAAAGACAUUGAACAUGUGGUGAUCUUUAUGCAAGAGAACCGGUCCUGGGACUCGUAUUUCGGGACCAUGGCCGGAGUCCGAGGAUUCAAUGACCCCAAUGUCCAAGUCAACGACAACCGGCCCAUCUGGUACCAACAGGUCGACCCUGGAAUGUCCGACAAGACCAACACCUUGCUGCCCUGGUACUUGGGGUAUAAAGGUGGUGACUGGUUCGAUGCCAUCCAGUGCAUGGCAGCCGGCGACAAUGGCUACCAGGACAACCAAGCGGCGCUCAACCAUGGGUUGAACAACCACUGGGCACGUAACAAUACGCCAUGGAGUUGGGGGUAUUUGAAGCGGGACGACAUUCCUGUCCAGUUUGCUCUCGCCGAAGGCUGGACCUCGGGCGACAUGUACCAGGAGGGCCAGAUUACCUCCACCAACCCUAACCGAGUGACGCUGGUUAGUGGCUCGGUGAAUGUACCGGGAAGCCCCCAGAGAUCGGACCAGGGAGGUGUGUACAUCGACAACAACGAGGUGCCAGGCUGUGAGAAAAACAAUAUAAACUGUUACCCGCUGAAGUGGAAGACCAUUUUCGAAUUCUAUGAAGAUGCCGGAGUAUCCUGGCAGGUAUAUCAGGAUAAGAACAACUUUGAUGAUAACCCACUGGCCUGGUUCGAGCAAUACCAAAAGGCCCCCAAGAGCUCCCCCCUCACAAAAAAGGGCAUGACCACGGUGGGCCUUGACACCUUCUACAAGCGGGCUGCCAAUGGUACCCUGCCGGAGGUCAGCUUCAUUGUUGGCCCGGCUGAGCUGUCGGAGCACCCGCCAUACCAGCCCAAGGAUGGCGCGUGGCUGCAGAAGAAAGUGGUCGAUGCCGUCAUUAACAGCCCACAAUACCGCUCGACGCUGUUGAUGAUUAGCUAUGACGAAACCGGUGGGUUCGGAGACCAUGUCACUCCAUUUCAUUCUCCAGAAAACACCCCGGGUGAAUGGAUGAAAGACCCCACGGGCUUGUUCGGCGAUAUUUUUGUAGGACCUGGUUUUCGGGUGCCUUUCUACAUGAUCUCUCCCUGGACCCGAGGAAACCGUGUCUUUACCGAGCGAGCAGAUCACAACUCUCAAAUCUUGUUCCUUGAAAAGUGGCUUGCCGCUCGCGGCUAUGGGAACAUCCAAACCAACGAAAUGGUUCCGUGGCGGCGAUCCCAUAUGUCCAACUUGGUCAACGCAUUGGACCUAGACAAUCCUGAUUACUCUCUCCCUAAUCUUCCAGAGGCCGAGACUCCUGCCACCAACGACAAGGGCGACUACAUUGGCUCAGCACAAUGUCAAUCGCGCCAUGCCACCCAGCGCCCACCCGUCCCAUAUGGCCAGCAGGAUAACAUAACCGAGGCGCUCUGGUUUGAAGAAGGCUUCAAGGAGUGCGUGGGCUAUCUGACCGAGGGCCGCUACCUGGUUUUCGAAAAAGCCGGCGCAGCAUUGACGAACCGGGGCCAAAAAGACCAUCUGACCCUCAGCCCUACAACGUCUGACCAUGGGAGCAAGUCCCAACGGUGGGUAGUCCACUACACCAACGACGAGGAGAGUGGGAUCUUCAAUAUCUCCAGCGCCGUGGAUGGACGAUGGAUCGGGCCGCGUGGAACCCUCAUUCCCACGGACAAGUCCGCAGACGCAGCCGCACUGCGGUUGAAAUUCCUCGGCAACGGUCGCGGGUAUACCUUGCAAUAUGUCGAUCGGGAUCAGUAUAUUGAUGUGGACACCCGUGGAUCCUUGACGAUGGAAACUAUGCAGAGCGGGCCGGUGACGGGGUACAAGGUCUGGAGUGUGACGUAUCACGACUGA